GCUGUCAGGGUGAAAACACUGACGCUCUGCUCAACACGGACGUUCGGGAGGAACUCAGCGACACUGAUCUACUCAAACACCAGGCUCCGUCUUCUUCUUCAUCUUCAUCUUCAUCUUCUUCAUCAUCUUUGUUGUUGAUCAUGAAAGCCAUCAGUCCCGUCCGCUCGGUGAGGAGCUGCUACAAGGCCGUGUGCUGCAUCUCGGAGCAGAGUCUCACCAUCAGCCGGAAUAACAAGCACUCGUGUCUGGAGGAGCCGGCGAACGCGCUGUGCGACAUGAACGACUGCUACUCGAAGCUGAAGGAGCUGGUGCCGAGCAUCCCGCAGAACAAGUCCGUGAGCCAGGUGGAGAUCCUGCAGCACGUCAUCGACUACAUCUUCGACCUGCAGAUCGCGCUGGAGGCGGAAGACGCGAGCGCGCCGGAGAUGGUUCUGUCAAUAAAGACUGCGGACCUCACUCAUAAUUUCUCCAAAGAAGAAAAACGGUUGUGCCACUAGGACGACGAUGACAUAUAAGGUGCAGGGAAACACAUGUCUCCACUUCAGUCCGGGCAAGAGGACAAGAGGGGCAGAGAGGGUGGGAUAGGUAUUUGAGAGAAGAGAAGAAGAAGGAGGAGGAGGAGGGAGGAGGAGGUUUUGAAGAAAAGGCAGGGGAGGGGGGGGAGGAGUGGACUGUUCCCUGGAUGAGUGGGAAUCAACAGUAGCGCAUGAGCAAGAAAACAGAGACUCAUUCUUUGGCCCCUGGACAGACAAAUCAACACACCAAAGCAGAAGCCAGGACUGGAAAAUGAAAGUGACCCCCCCCCCCCCCUUCAACAAACAUGGAUAGAUAGAAGUCAAUUCUUCCUCUUUUUUUAAUUAUCGUGUUACAUUCCAAACCUUUUUUUUUGUGUGUGGACUAAAUUCACAGCCAAUCUGAAUCCACGAUUUAAAAAUCAUUUCCCCCCCUCCACGUGAAAUCUGUCGUCUUAAUUAUCUGUCGACUGUUCCAACUUCAUACGAAUGUGUACAUAUCUGCUGUGGGGGUAUGUUAGGUGUGAGUCACUUUGUAUAAUCAGAACUCUACACUAGAGUUAAUUGUAAACGUUUGUGGGGAUUGUGUCGAUUUCUACAGACGAUGCCGACGUGAGUUUCAUAAACUCUUUUAUUCUAAAGUUGUUUUGUUUUUUUUCCUUCCUAUGUAUUGUUCUUAUGUAAUGAAAUAAAAGAUGUGAAUCAACUCAA